CGUGUAAACAUUUCUAUGGAUGUCACAACUAGGAAUCCAACAUGUUUCAGUGCUACAUCUGUCAAUAGAUAUGAAAAACGCAAUGAACCUGAAAUUUUGGAUGCUAAGGAAGUUUUAUUAGAUCCUGAAAAAAAAACUCAGCUAAAAAAGUUGCAGAAAGAAAUGUCAGCCCCAGCUUUGAGUGACAUAACGCCACUGACUGGAGUCCCUGACGAACAUGUGAAGGGAAGGUUGGUUCGAAUAUUUCGACCCGCGAAGAAUCCUAUGCAGUCUGGCACAUUCAACACAAGAAAAUGGAAAAUGGAAUUUGAGACCAGACAAAGAUGGGAAAAUCCUUUAAUGGGGUGGUCAUCUACUGGGGAUCCCCUAUCAAAUAUGAAUGUACAGUUUUCAAGCCAAGAAGAAGCCAUCAAAUUUUGUGAAAAAAAUG